CAUGCUGUAAAAGUAAGCAUGCGCUAAUUGUUUUAAAACCUCUUCUCACUCCUGCGCUUACCAAAGGCAUGCGGUAAAAGUAAGCAUGCGCUAAUUGUUUUAAAACCUCUUCUCACUCCUGCGCUUACCAAAGGCAUGCGGUAAAAGUAUGCAUGCGCUAAUUAUUUUAAAACCUCUUCUCACUCCGGCGCUUACCAAAGGCAUGCGGUAAAAGUAAGCAUGCGCUAAUUGUUUUAAAACCUCUUCUCACUCCGGCACUUACCAAAGGCAUGCAGUAAAAAAUUGAGUGUGAUGUAAGCUUGGACCUUAAAUCUUACUGAAUAGCUCUUAAUCUUCUCCCCUUUAUGUGAUUUCAAAUGACCGGUAUUGAAAUCAGCCUCCUCCAUUUUGAAAAUGAUGACAGGGGAAGUGUCACUCGUGACGGCACGAGUUUAAAACGGCGGUAAUGCUAGGCACGCGCUAAUUAUUUUGCGAAGCGAGUUUGACCCGGCAGUAAUUCAAGGAAAUACGGUAUUUAUCAUUUUUUUAAAGAAAAUAACAGCCUGCAUGGCAGCUUUGUGAUAUUAGAGUAAGCAUUGCAACAUUUUCUUGCCACAUUUCACCUGUUUACUCUUUUAUAUCACUUUUUCUGUUUUUUAUCGUAUUUUUAGAACGUGCUUAGGGAAGUUAAAAAAUUAGCCGCGGGCCGCACUUUGGACACCACUGCUGUAGCACUUUGAGGCUGUUUGCUCAAUUUAAAGUGCCUUUUACAGAUAAAAUAUAUUAUUAUUAAUAUCAAAGACAAGUACCAACAGGACUAACACAAUUUUUUUUUUUUAAAACAUUCAAACAUUGAACACAACUUUAAAAAUAUCGACCAUAUCGCGCUAUAGUAUCGGCCCCCGUACUGAUACCACCCUCGGAAUUGGUAUUUGUAUCGACCCGCCUUCCUUCCGCUUUAGGAGGCCGCCUGUCUUACCUGGUGAAAGGUGAGGCGACACGCCCGCCAACAUUACUGUGGCUGUUCUUGUUCUUCCACACGCAGACAUUGUUGUCGUUGUUUCAUUCGCCGCCAUGACUGUUGGGACUCUUUGUCGGCUUCUCCUGCUUCUUUCCGCCCUAUGCACCUGCUCCUGUGACACAGACCUGCGAGGGUGGACUGGCACCGAGACCAACGAGGGCCUGCUGGUGGACGCCCAGGUGGAGGCGGCUCUGACCAGCGGCCUCACCACCGUCUUCCUGCCGCUGGUCUACAUCGUGGUGUUUGUGGUGGGCCUGCCCACCAACGCCAUGGCCAUGUGGGUGUUCCUGUUCCGCACCAAGAAGAAGCACCCGUCCUCCAUCUACAUGGCCAACCUGGCGCUGGCCGACCUGCUCUUCGUCAUCUGGACGCCGCUGAAGAUCGCCUACCACUUCAACGGCAACGACUGGGCGUACGGCGAGGGGAUGUGCAAGGUUCUGGUGGCCUUCUUCUACGGGAACAUGUACUGCUCCAUGGCCUUCAUCGCCUGCAUCAGCGUGCAGCGCUACCGGGUGGUGGUUAACCCGCUGGCCCGGCGCCGGCGCGAGACCUGCGUGGCGUGCAGCGUCUGCGCCAGCAUCUGGGCGGCGGUGUGGCUCCUCACCGUCCCUCUCUACCUGUACGACCAGCAGGUGCACGUGGCCAACCUGGACAUCCACACCUGCCACGACGUCACCCGCCCGGGCCAGCGGACCAUGGCGGCGGGCUACUUCCUGACCAUGGGCACGGUGGGAUUCGUGUUGCCCGCCGCGGUCUGCGUGGUGACCUACACGCUCAUGCUGCGGGCGCUGCGCAGCACCAUGGCGGACCCGGCGGUGGGCAAGCAGCGGCGCAAGGCGGUGGUGCUGGUGGUGACGGUGGUGGUCAUGUUCCUGGUGUGCUUUACCCCCAGCAACCUCAUGCUGCUAGUGCACUACGUGCUGCUCCUCCAGGAAGCCCGCCACAACUUGUACGCCUUCUACGUCACCGCCCUGUGCCUGGCCAGCCUCAACAGCUGCAUCGACCCCUUCGUCUACUACUACAUCUCCGACGACUUCCGCCAGCACGUCAAGAACACCUUCCUGUGCCGCAGCCAGCGCACCGUGGAGCGCAUGAGGGUCUCCUUCAGCGCCCUCAAGUUCUCCAAGAAGACCAGCACCUACACCUCCGACUCCGGGGUCAACACGGGAAGCUCGCAGUGUUAGCAUUGGCGCUGUUAGCAUCGGGAGUGUUCGCGUUAGCAAUGUUAGCAUUAGCAGUCUUAGCAUUAGGAGUGUUUGCAUCGACGUUAUGAGCAUAAGCGUUGUUAGCAUCGGGCGUGUUUACAUUGACAAUGUUAGCAUUAGCGUUGUUAGCAUUGGCAGUGUUAGCAUUGGGAGUGUUCACAUUGACGGUCUUGGCAUUAGUGUUGUUAGCAUUGUUAUCAUUGACAGUGCUCACAUUGACAGUGUUAGCAUUAGCAUUGUUAUCAUUGGGAGUGCUCACAUUGAUGGUGUUAGCGUUAGCAGUGUUAUCAUUAGGAGUGUUUGCAUUGACGGUAUGAGCAUAAGCGUUGUUACCAUCGGGAGUGUUUACAUUGACAAUGUUAGCAUUAGCGUUGUUAGCAUUGGCAGUGUUAGCAUUGGGAGUGUUCACAUUGACUGUUUUGGCAUUAGUGUUGUUAGCCUUAGCAUUGUUAUCAUUGACAGUGCUCACAUUGAGAGUGUUAGCAUUAGCAUUGUUAUCAUUGGGAGUGCUCACAUUGAUGGUGUUAGCGUUAGCAGUGUUAGCAUUAGGAGUGUUUGCAUUGACGGUAUGAGCAUAAGCGUUGUUAGCAUCGGGAGUGUUUACAUUGACAGUGUUAGCAUUAGCUUUGUUAGCACUAGCGUUGUUAGCAUUGGCAUUGUUAGCAUUGGGAGUGUUCACAUUGACGGUCUUGGCAUUAGUGUUGUUAGCAUUAGCAUUGUCAUCAUUGGGAGUGCUCACAUUGACGGUGUUAGCAUUAGCAUUGUUAGCAUUGGGAUUGCUCACAUUGACGGUAUUAGCAUUAGUGAUGUUAGCAUUAGCUUUGUUAAAAUUGGCAGUUGUAGCAUUGGCAGUGUUCACAUUGAUGGUGUUAGAAUUACGAGUGUUUGCAUUGACGGUAUUAGCAUUAGCGUUGUUAGACUCGGGAGUGUUUACAUUGACAAUGUUAGCAUUAGCGUUGUUAGCACCAGCAGUAUUAGCAUUGGGAGUGUUCACAUUGACGGUCUUGGCAUUAGCAUUGUUAGCAUUGGGAGUGCUCACAUUGACGGUAUUAGCAUUAGCAUUGUUAGCAUUGGCAGUGUUAGCACUGGCAGUGUUCGCAAUGACAGUGCUAGCAUUCGGAGUGUUUGCAUGGACGUGUUAGCAUUAGCGUUGUUAGCAACGGAAGUGUUUACAUAGACAGUUUUAGGAUUUGUGAUGUUAUCAUUGGCGUUGUAAGGCCAUAGCGUUGCUAGCAUUGGCAGUGUUGGCAUUGUGACUGUUCACAUUGUGUUAGCAUUGGCAGUGUUAGCAUUGGGAGUGUUGUUGGCAUCAGGGGUGUUUACAUUGACGGUCUUAGCAUUAGCAUUGUUAGCAUUGGGAGUGUUCACAUUGACUGUGUUAGCAUUAGCUUUGCUAGCACUGGCAGUGUUCACAUUGACAGUGCUAGCAUUCGGAGUGUUUGCAUGGACGUGUUAGCAUUAGCGUUGUUAGCAACGGAAGUGUUUGACAGUUUUAGGAUUUGGGAUGUUAUCAUUGGCGUUGUAAGGCCAUAGCGUUGUUAGCAUUGUGACUGUGUUAGCAUUAACAUUGUUAGCAUUGGCAGUGUUAGCAUUGGGAGUGUUCACAUUGACGGUGCUAGCAUUGGCAGUGUUAGCAUUGAGAGUGUUCACAUUGACGGUGCUAGCAUUGGCAGUAUUCCCAUUGACAGUGUUAGCAUUCGGAGUGUUUGCAUUGAUGGUUUUAGCAUUAGCGUUGUUGGCAUCAGGGGUGUUUACAUUGAUGGUCUUAGCAUUGGGAGUGUUCACAUUAACGGUGUUAGCAUUAGCUUUGCUAGCACUGGCAGUGUUCGCAUUGACAGUGUUAGCACUGGCAGUGUUAGCACUGGCAGUGUUAGCACUGGCAGUGUUAGCACUGGCAGUGUUAGCACUGGCAGUGUUAGCACUGGCAGUGUUCGCAUUGACAGUGCUAGCAUUCGGAGUGUUUGCAUGGACGUGUUAGCAUUAGCGUUGUUAGCAACGGAAGUGUUUAAAUUGACAGUUUUAGGAUUUGUGAUGUUAUCAUCGCCGUUGUAAGCCCAUAGCGUUGUUAGCAUUGGCAGUGUUAGCAUUGUGACUGUUCACAUUGACUGUGUUAGCAUUGGCAGUGUUAGCAUUGGGAGUGUUCACAUUGACAGUGCUAGCAUUGGCAGUGUUCGCAUUGACAGUGUUAGCAUUUGGAAUGUUUGCAUUGAUGGUAUUAGCACUAGCGUUGUUGGCAUCAGGAGUGUUUACAUUGACGGUCUUAGCAUUGGCAUUGUUAGCAUUGGGAGUGCUCACAUUGACUGUGUUAGCAUUAGCGUUGUUCGCAUUGGCAGUGUUAACAUUGGCAGUUUUCGUAUUGGCAGUGUUCACAUUGACGGUGUUAGCAUUAGCUUUGUUAGAAUUGGCAGUUUCAGCAUUGGCAGUGUUAACAUUGGGAAUGUUCACAUUGACGGUGCUAGCAUUUGCUUUGCUAGCAUUGGCAGUGUUCGCAUUGACAGUGUUAGCAUUCGGAGUGUUUGCAUUGAAGGUAUUAGCAUCAGCGUUGUUGGCAUUAGCAUUGUUAGUAUUGGGAGUGUUCACAUUGACUGUGUUAGCAUUAGUGUUGUUAGCAUUGGCAGUGUUCGCAUUGACGGUGCUAGCAUUAGAAGUGUUCGCGUUGAUGGUGUUGGCAUUAACAUUCUUAACAUUAGCGUCGUUAGUGUUAGCAUUGGGGGCGUUCUCAAUAGCAAUGUUAGCAUUAGCGGUGUUAGCAUUUGGCAAUGUUUGCAUUGAUGGUGUUAGCAUUAGCAGUGUUGGCAUUAGGAGUGUUCGCAUUAACGACAUUAGCAUUAGCGUUGUUAGCAAAUGGAGUGUUCAAAUUGACUAUGUUAGCAUUAGCGAUGUUAGCUUUGGGAUUGUUUAUACUUACGAUGCUCGAAUUGACGGUGUUAGCAUUGACACUGUUAGCAUUAACCCUGUUAGCACUCGCAAUGUUAGCAUCGGCAGAGUUGUCCUUUUUAAAAAUGUACCCUCACUCCCUCCAGUUACUGAAUUUGCGUUUAAAACAGUUUACAGCGCAGUAUGGUAACUUUUGAGCCAUUUUUAUGCUCACCGUCUUCCUCGUCGGUGUGUCGUAUCGUCUGUGAAAAGCCGCGUUUUGAAUGACAGUAAAAAGUACUUUUCGUGUUUCGGGUAAAUGUCAACAAUGUUUAGGUUUUGUGGUCAUGUACAUUUUGUUUGUUUUGUUUUGCUACAGAGCCACUAGAUUAGGUACAACUGCACUAACCACGGAGCUCCAAAUAGAGGACUUUUGGACAAAGGUACAAUACACAUUUUCAGUUUAGCAUUUUUCACUGAAAUAUAUGUGUUAUUGUCGUUGUGGUUAGCAGCUGUGUGGCGUUUUUAAUACUUAGCAAUUAGCACGUGUGGCUAAACAAACUACAACGUAAGCAUGUGUGGACGUUAAAGCGUUCACAUUUAGGAGUGAGAAUCCUUCCGAAGGUUUUAAUUGUGUGUGUUUAAGUGAACAUGUCGAAGUUUAUUUUUAAUAAAAUGAUUUAAAAAAUGUUAAUAGUUUGUAGCAGUGUACGGUUUCUAAUGGUCAGCUGUAGGCUAAUUAGCAUGUAGCUAGGCUAAUUACAAUAUCAGCUUAUGGUCACGUAUUUAUAUUAAAAUUGUUUUGAAUUUUGUGUAUGGUUAUGAAUUGUAGCCUUGGGUGAACAAUUGUGUGAUUUUUUUUUUGGUACAUAAAAUAUUUAAAAUCUGAUUAUACUUUGUAACAGUACCGUAGGCUACGUAGCACAUAGCUAAACAAGCUAACGUUGUAUGAAUGAAAAGUGAAAAUGUUAAUUUUUUUAAUUUGAAUGAAAAAUAAAAUGUCUUUCUAGCUUGUA